UCGAUAAUUACGCUUGCCAGCCCAACACGUAGGACAAAUGUGGUGCUGCAGUCCGGAAUCUGACCGGGACCUGAAGAUUCAAAAUCAGCAAAUUCAGCGGCUCCAAUACAACGGCAGUGCACGGCAGUAUUCCGGUGCACCAUAAUAAUAGCUGAUUUUUUGACCUCGCGCUCUACACAGGUGUUGUGAAGAGGGACAUCGAUUGCCGAAGUCCUCAGCACAAAGGAAACAACCAAAUCGUAGCUUAAGGCAGAGGCCGUCCUUUACUGUUGUGUCGUGUGUAACGUGUUGAAAUGGGUUUGCUGGACGAAAGUGGCAUUCUAUACGUUAUAGCGGAUGUGCUUUCGAUCGUUACCAUCGCAUCAUGUCUGGUGUCGAAGGUACCGCAAAUACAAACCGUCCGGCAGCUGCAGUCUGCCAAAGGGCUGAGCGUGAACGGACUGCUAAUGGAACUGUGCAGCUACACCGUCACGAUGCUGUACAACUACACCAAUGGGUAUGCGUUCCUGUCCUACCUGGAAUAUCCCAUUCUGCUCGUCCAGGAGUACGUGCUCGUGUACUACGUGCUGCGGUAUGAGUCGUUGCUUGGCAACCGUGCAUACCAAUGGGCGGCGAUCUAUGUGGCAGUAUUUAUUGGUUUUGCCACCACAAUUAUACCUUCAUCCCUGCUAAUGAUGCUUGUGCCAUUUACCACCCCCGUGGGUGCAACAAGCAAGGUAAUGCAGUUGAUCGCCAUCUUGCGUUCGAAGGAUUCACAGUCGGUUAGCUUGAUCACGUGGGGCAUUUCGGCGUUUACCAACUCAACUCGCAUCUACACGAUCAUGCUGGACUCUGGUGACAAAAUGUUGUUGGCCAACUUCGGCAUCUCUACCGUGCUGAGCAGCUCUGUAUUGCUGGCCGCGUGGUACUACAAAAAACCAAAGAAGGAUUAACGCCUCUACAGCACCAAAGAACACAACAACAAUCUAUUCGCGCACGAAUUGCCUUUGCGGCGCAUAUUUUGAUUAGUUUUAUUUCACAGCAGCAGCCAAACCUACACCACGCAUGGAAUACAUCUGAGUGGAGAGAUUCACUCCUUGCUUUUCCUUGCUUGUAGUAGCUUAUGUAAUUCAACUUCUCUUAGAUAAUGCGAAGUUUCUUGACAAUUAUUAACGAACUUAUAAAUAAUUUUAAUGUAAAAUAACGAGAUCUGUUAUCUGACUUCGAAACCUACGAUCAAUAAAGCAAAUGCUAAUCGAUGCUCUCAAAUGAAAGGUUGUCAACCCUUUUAG